AUGAAGAAACACAGAGGCAUCCGUAACCACGUGUGCAAUGUGUGCACCAAGGCCUUCUACGAGGUGUCCAAGCUUAACGCGCACAUGAGGGUUCAUACUGGUGAACGACCAUUCGAAUGCCAAUACUGCGAGCGCCGCUUCGCCCAACAGUCCGCGCUGAUCUACCACCGGCGUACGCACACUGGUGAAAAACCUUACAGCUGCAAACUAUGCGCAGCUCGGUUUACCACCUCAUCGGCCAGGAAUAACCACCUGGUCACACACUCUGGCAAUAAGAGGUUCGUGUGUCCAGUGUGUUUCAAGGGCUGCACGUCGCGCGCGGAGCUCCGCGUGCACUCGAGCAAACACACAGGGGAGAAACUGUUCGGCUGCACGCUCUGCUCGGCUCGCUUCAGCUCGGCGUCGCACCUCGCGGUGCACAGGCGGCAUCACACCGGCGAACGGAAAUAUAGCUGCAACGUUUGUGGUCGAGGUUUUAUGGAGACCGGUUCGUACAAGAAGCAUCUGAAAACACACGAAGUUAAGCCCGAAGAUUCUUCAGAGUCCACGGAAAUGGAUAAGGGGGAGGAGGAAGACAGUCAAACAGGGGAAGAGCAGGAGAGUCCUCAGUCCGAGGUCCAAGAGCAGAUCGAGAUAGAAGUGCCGCAGGCGCAGAGGCGAUACAAGUGCGGGAUCUGCGUGAAGACUUACAUGUAUCUGCACAGUUUGAAGAAACACAUGGCUACACAUAUACCGCCACAACAGCAGCAGCAACAGCAACAACAACAGCAGCAGCAGCAACAACAGCAACAAGUGCAACAGGUCCCACAAAUCCAAGUGCAACAACAGCAAGUCCAGCAACAGCAGCAAGUGUCGGUGCAGCAAGUCGGCGCGCAGCUGCAGCAGCAAGUGCUGCAGGUCGGCGGCGUGCAGCAGCUGACGCUGCCGCAGCAGCCCUCAUUCGUACAGCAAGUCGGCGCGCAGCUGCAGCAGCAAGUGCUGCAGGUCGGCGGCGUGCAGCAGCUGACGCUGCCGCAGCAGCCGUCAUUCGUACAGCAGCAAGUGUCGGUGCAGCAAGUCGGCGCGCAGCUGCAGCAGCAAGUGCUGCAGGUCGGCGGCGUGCAGCAGCUGACGCUGCCGCAGCAGCCGUCAUUCGUACAGCAGCAAGUGUCGGUGCAGCAAGUCGGCGCGCAGCUGCAGCAGCAAGUGCUGCAGGUCGGCGGCGUGCAGCAGCUGACGCUGCCGCAGCAGCCGUCAUUCGUACAGCAGCAAGUGUCGGUGCAGCAAGUCGGCGCGCAGCUGCAGCAGCAAGUGCUGCAGGUCGGCGGCGUGCAGCAGCUGACGCUGCCGCAGCAGCCGUCAUUCGUACAGCAAGUUGGCGCGCAGCUGCAGCAGCAAGUGCUGCAGGUCGGCGGCGUGCAGCAGCUGACGCUGCCGCAGCAGCCGUCAUUCGUACAGCAGCAAGUGUCGGUGCAGCAAGUCGGCGCGCAGCUGCAGCAGCAAGUGCUGCAGGUCGGCGGCGUGCAGCAGCUGACGCUGCCGCAGCAGCCGUCAUUCGUACAGCAGCAAGUGUCGGUGCAGCAAGUCGGCGCGCAGCUGCAGCAGCAAGUGCUGCAGGUCGGCGGCGUGCAGCAGCUGACGCUGCCGCAGCAGCCGUCAUUCGUACAGCAGCAAGUGUCGGUGCAGCAAGUCGGCGCGCAGCUGCAGCAGCAAGUGCUGCAGGUCGGCGGCGUGCAGCAGCUGACGCUGCCGCAGCAGCCGUCAUUCGUACAGGCUGGACACUCCCCGUACCCUGUGAUAUCGUCAGUGCAAUCUUUGCAGUUGCAGCAAACGCAGCAACACGUUAACACGCAACAGCCGCAGCUACAGGUGCAGACCAUACAGAUACAUCCCCAGCACCAACCGAUACAGAUCCAUGCGGUGGGCGUGCAGCAGGUGCAGCAACAGCAACUGCACGUGGCCACGUCCAGCUGUCAGACCAUGCUGCCCAACAUACUGCAGCUGGGCGGCGGCACGGUGGCGGUGUCGGGGCUGGGCGGCGCGGACCUGGGCGGCGUGGCGCACCGCAUCAUCCUGCAGCCGCCGCAGCACCCCGCCGUCUACACGCUGCACCACUAG